AUGGCUGACAAGGGAAACUUUAUAAACCCUAGAAAAAGAGUAAAAAAUAAAUCAGAUUCUGAUUCUGAAAAUGAAGAUCUGCAGCUCGAGAUAUCAGCCCAGGGUCGCGUAGUGGGUGCACUGUUGAGAGCCUACGGCAAAGAAGAGAAAUCGAAGGAAGAACUAGAUUCAACUUGUACUAGCAGCGAAAAUCCUUCAGGAGAUUGUCCUCGAGGAAUUAGAGGAUUGGAGAGGAGAUAUCACCUGUUGUACUUGCGCGCACUUGAGUGGCAGUGCCUGCUGGAAGGACUGCUGGCAUCAUCAAUACCAUCGACACCAUCGUGGGCUCAUUCCCAAUCUGACCACGAAGAAGAACCUUUGCCAAAACAGGCGAGACUCAGCACAGAUUUCAAACGAAAUUCACUGAGGGCGCAGUCGGAUACGAGUGAUUAUUUUUUCCAGGAGGAUGAAUCAUCAGCGCUAACCUGCCCGCCCAAGGGGGCCCCAUCUGGAUCACCUGCAAGUGGCGCCAGUUCUGAGGCGGACGUCGAAUCACUGGACGGAGCUUUGAGGACGGCCAAAAGGAUUUCUAUUAAGGACACGUCUUCAAGCGAUAUGGACACAGACUCAGAUUUCAACGAUAACAAGGACUUCGUCCUGACCAAAAUCACCGACACCGUUAUCAAACGUGUGAAAAACAUCGAAAUUUCCAAAUACAACCGAUCGAAUCGAACCGCUGACAACGUGGCCACAUUUUACUUCAAACACAGAGACACCGAUUCCGAAAUCGAUCAUCGCAGCAACAGCAACGUUGGCUUGACAGGAUCAGAAUUUGAUGCCGAAGAAUUCGCCAUAAUGUCUUCGGAAAGUGACAACGAAAAACAACAGCAGGACAUGUCGGAGAAACUGGAAAAUAUGGUCAACGGUAACGGGCAGCAUCAUGGUAAAUUGGACAACCAAGUGGAUAAUGCAGGAAAUUUGGAUAAUGCUGUAAAUGAUAACCAAGAAGUCAUUGUUCCUACAGUUAGGAAGAAUGCGACGAGGAAGACUCAGGAGAAUAUUAGGAAACUGGUGCAAGAGGCUGAACACCUGGUAAGAGAAGAUACUGAUCGUGGAAGAAUUGGAAAACAAGGCAGAUCUCGCAAUUUUGAUAAUGCUUCAAGGAUAAAGGAAUGGCUCCGCAAAUCCAGUUCGCCCUGCGGUCUCUCCACCUCCCCAUCAGGCAGCGCCCCCCUCGACAGUUGCGACGCAUCAGGCGAGUGCACCUCCAGCAGCGACAGCGAAGCCGGAGGAGGCGCCCAUGCCGGAUCGGCCGAGAGCUCCGGCGAACCCUCGGGCUCUGUGGCGACUUACCGACGUGCUCUUGGAGACUCGCAAGCGACAUCCACGGAAUUGAUCGAUACGGAUAGUAAUGGAGCACCCACUGUGCCUUUGACUGAUGGGGGUAACGGGGGUAGUUCGCCGGAUAGUCCAACUCCAGUUAAGGUUAUUAUGCGAUCUGGUAAAACAUCAGCAACUCGUCCAUGGUCCGUCUCAUGUGUGUCCCAACUUACCCCAAAUGGUGAAAUGUUGAACGUGGAAAACUUACAAAAUGAAACUACAACUGAUGGAUUACAAAAGAACAAAAUGGCACAACAAUUCAGUCAUUCGGAAUCGGCUUUGCAUAUUUUGGAUAACAUGGCGAGCUAUCACGGAGAUUUCGGCAGAACGGAUAAUAAGUUCGAUAUCAGGAAGAAAAAGCUCAGGCUGAAGAAAAGACAGGGAAGAAAAAGUGAAUCCAGCAACGAUGCCUAUGCAGUCGAAUCAUCGGCCGGACAACACUCUCCAAAACAAGGAAGCCUGGUAAAAUCCCGAUCGUUCUCUGGACACUCUCAGAUCAAUUUAGAACGCAUCCUCUCUUCACCGACCCUCAAACACCUCACUAAUGAAAAGUGCCAUUUAACCACUAUGCCAGUAAAUUUCGAAAUCGGUGGAAAUAUAACAAAUGCACCAAUCCUGGAAAAUAUUGUCACAUCUGAAGAACACAGCAGUAGCUUUUCUGAAGCUUGGGAUAAUUAUCAGGAUAAGUACUUGUCAGAGUCUUAUUCUGAAUGUGUAGAUACUGAGGCAGCAAGGAGGUUAUUAGAUUUUGGUGAGGAUUAUAGGAAUUAUAUAGAUUCACAAUCAGAUUGUUGCUCGUCUUUGUCAAACUUUGGAACAAAUCUAGAUGUUGGCAAUAAGAAGUUCUUGAAAAAUUUGAUAGCUAAUUCACCUGAUUACAUCAGAAAAUCUAUAGAUGAUUAUUCUUUCGAUAAUUCUGAAGACACAGAUCUGGAUUGCCGUAGAAAGAUUAGAUCUGAUUUGCAUCAAAGACGUCGCUCAAGCAAGGAAAGAAGAAGCUCCAAAUUGACUUCAGAUAGUGACUCAAGUAAAAACUCUUCGAAACGCAAAAAUAGUUGUGGAAUGAAAAAUAAUUUAGCAGAUAUGGAAUCCAUGAAAAGAAAAAGUAACAGCAAGCUUAAACUCAAGAUGCGUUCUAAUACGAUGACUGACAGUGAUUCGGAUUUGGAUGAGCUACGAAGACUGGUGACUGAAUCCAAAGUUCAAUUGGACAGAAGCGAAGCCUUGUGGUGCAGCAACGAUCCCAAAUCAGAAAUGGACAGAGGAAUUAUUCUCCAACCAAGGGACUAUGCUGAAAUAAUAUUAACCUGCCGCGAGAACAUCAGAUGUCUGGAAGCAGUCAUGACCAGAGCCUGCGGCGCAAUCCUGAACGAUGUCCAGGGCCAGAAUUUGCGCGGUAAGUUCAUUGCUUCAACUCCAUUGGUUUCCGGCUUGAAUAAACCAAUUAAAAAAUCAGUAAUAGAAACCGAAAAGAUAGAAGAAAAUUUGGAAGUUAAUAGGAAUAGCAAGUUUAAGUCGGUUCAGCCUGUUGUUAAGAAAGCCAAGAUGUCUCAUAAAAAUAAUUUAGUCGAGCAAACCAGUAAAGGUUGUAAUUGUGGUAAUGCUGAUAGAAGUUCUAAUUCCCAAACCGUUUACAAUGUUAAUAUAAAUAAACCAAAUGGUAAAACCAAAAGUAAAAGGAAACCUAGUAAAAAAUCUCCUAAAUCACAAGGUUGUAAAUGUAACAAAAACAUUUACAACAAGUUAUGUGAUAUCUCAAGCCAAAUACAAGAUUUUUCCAAAACUGAAUCUACUUUAAAAAAUGCAGUAAAUGAUGAUGAGCUUAUCACACAUUUGAGUACAUUUUUUAAAUCCCUUCGAGUCACAUCCAAUUCAGAAAACAAAAGUAUCAUUUUGAACGAUUGUGGUGAAUUAGUAACAGCAUGCAAAUGCCAUCCAAUUGCCAAAAGCUCUGAUUGGUUGACGAUGAAUAAAAAAAAUAUAUUUAUUUCAGCUCGUCCUUUUCUGACAAAUCUAUCCCGCGAUUGCCUACGAUGUUUAUGCCAUGCAGCUUCUGGGUGCAAUCUAGCGUCACCGUACGAGUGUUCAUCUGAUGGACGCUGUGGGCCCUUUCGAUUGUCAUAUGGCCAGUGGAAAGAUGCAGGACGGCCUACACCUGAAACGCCAAGGCCAGGGUUGCGCACCACUGGCGGCGAACCGGACUUUACGGACUGCGCUGGCGAUUACAGAUGCGCGGAAUAUGUUGUCAUAACGUAUAUGGAAAUUCAUGGCCAGGAUUGUAACGGUGACCAAGUGACGGAUUGUGACGAUUACAUGCUGAUCAACGCCCACGGGAACAUGCCUUGCUACCGAAGACUCAAUCGGACAUCGGACGGAAGAGAAUAUUUACAGAGAUACAGAGUCUGUAGACCUUCGUGA